AUGGCGUCGUGGCUGGGCGGGCUGGGCUCCGGGCUCGGCCAGUCGCUGGGGCAGGUCGGGGGCAGCCUGUCCUCGCUCACGGGCCACAUCUCCAGCUUCACCAAGGACAUCCUGCUCGAGGGCGCCGAGGAAGUGGGCGAUGCAGCAACCGAACUCCAUGUGUCCAAUUCUAGACUCAGAGAAGUAGAAAGUAUUAAUGCAGCACAGAAGUCAGAAAAUGAAAGACUGAAAAAAGUUUGUAGUGAUUUAGAAGAAAAGCAUGAAUCAGCAGAGCUUCAAAUAAAACAGUUGUCUAUAGAGUACCGAAAUCAGCUACAGCAAAAAGAGGUGGAAAUCAGCCAUCUAAAAGCUAGACAGAAUGCACUACAGGAACAAUUGCAGAAGGUACAGACAGCUGCUCAGUCAGCACAGUUGGGAGCUGGUGUUUUGCCACCGACUACUACAUCAGCUUCCUUUGUUCCAGUGGUUCGACAUUCCUCAGGUUUUCAAGAUGAUGACAUGGAUUUUGGAGAUAUAAUCUGGUCACAGCAAGAAAUAAACAGAUUGUCCAAUCAAGUUUCUAGGCUUGAAUCUGAGGUUGAACACUGGAAGCAGAUCGCACAGCCUUCCAAAGGGCAAGGAGCAAGUGAUGCAGAACAAAGUGAAGUCUGUAAACUGCAAAAUAUCAUUAAGGAACUCAAGAGGAAUUUAAGUCAAGAAAUAGAUGAACAUCAGCAUGAACUUUCAGUAUUGCAAGAUGCACACAGACAAAAGCUAGCAGAGUUAAGUCGUCGACAUCGAGAAGAGCUGAGUGAAUAUGAGGAGCGAAUUGAAGAACUUGAAAAUCAGCUACAGCAAGGUGACUUAAGCACUGAUGUCACAGAUGAAUUUAAAAUUAGUGAACAGAAAAAGAAUACGCAGACUCCAGAUGCAGGAAAAGCAGAGGACCUGAAGAUUAUAAGGGACCUAGAAGAUGAAAUACAAAAAUUAAAUCACCAGCUGUCUUCUGCCAAAGAAAAAGAAAGAGCUCUUCUGAAGGAGCAAGAAUUGAUUAAGACAGAAAAAUUCCAAAUAACUCAAGAAUAUGAAAAUCUAAAAUCUGAUUUUAGUAAGCUUCAAAGUUCUGUUGCAGAGCAAGAUGCUCCCUUAAAAGAACAGAAGUUCCUAUCCAAGACAUCACUUCCAGAAGAUGUUGUGAGGCUACAGCAAGCACUGUUAGAAGCAGAAAAGGAAAUAGCAAGACUUUCAAGUUUAAAUCAGGCUGGUAGUUUCACUGGUAUGGAGAAGGAUAUUCCGGCAUUUCUGCCAGAUCUACAGGUUCUUAAAGAAGAAAAUGUAAAGCUACGAAAAGAGAAGGAGGAACUUCAAAAGGAGCUGACAAAUGCACAACAUAAAACUGAAAAUAUUCUUUCUAUGUAUACGGAGGAUCAGAAUUCAGAAUUAAGUCAGUUAAGGCAAGAUUUGGAAAGAAAAGAGCAUGAAUUAAAUGAAAGUAUUGCUGAAAGAGAAACCUUAAUAUCAGAAUUGGAAGAACUGGACAAACAGAAUCAAGAAGCUACUCAGCAUAUGAUUAUACUGAAAGAACAGCUGUCAAAACGUACAGAAAUGGAUAGUGCCAUGAAACAGCUGAAAUGUGACAUAGAGUUUGAAAGAAAGAAGAUAUCAAAGCUCGAAAUCGAGAAGAUGGAAACUAUUAAGGAGUUAAAUAGCCACAAAGAAAAACUAAGCCAGUGUUCAUAUGCUCUUAAUGAUUUACAAAGAAGUAAGCAGCAGCUUCAAGAUAAUAUUGAAGAUCUACAAGAACAAUUAAGGAAAGCCCAGGACUGUAUCUUGCAUAGUAAAAAAGAAAUUACAGAUUUGCAGCAGAGAUUAAAAGAAAGAGAGGAGGAACUUUCUGUGUCCUUGAGCAAGAAAACAGAAAAGAAGAAUCAGGAACCUAAUUACAGUUGUCAAGAUCCCAUCCUUAAAGAGAGAGAAGCCGAAAUUACAAAACUGCAGAAUGACAUUUCAGAAUAUAAGCAACUAAAUGAAACCUUAGAGAAAUCUGCGUUUGACCUCAAACUGGAAAACGGAAAGUUGGCAUCAGCCUGCGAAGAAUUGAAGCAGCAGCUAAGCGAGGCUGUUUCGGAGAAGAAUAAAAUUUCAUUAGAGAAAAACACUGUCACGGAGGCUUUGAAAAUGGACAAGAGACAACUGGAAACUGAAUUAAGCCAGACGGAGAAACGGCUCUUGGAACAAGCACACAAAUAUGAGCAGACUAUUGAGGAGUUAUCCAAUGCACGUAGUAUGGACACCAGCACGUUGCAGCUUGAGCACGAGCGCAUAGUUAAACUCAAUCAGGAGAAAGACUUUAAGAUUGCAGAACUCCAAAGGAGCAUUGAGCAGAUGGAAGCUGACCACCAGGAAACCAAAGAGAUGCUGACCACCAGUUUAGGAGGCCAGAAGCAGUUGACAGAACUCAUGAAAGAAAAAGAGUUAUUUAUUGAAAAAUUUAAAAAUCAAGCCUUACAACUACAAAAAGAACUUGAAGAAUAUAUUAAAGAUUCGAAAAAGCAGGAUAUCUUAAAACAGAACUUAGAGGAAAAAGACAAAAGUCUUGCUGUUAUGAAGGAAGAAAACAAUCACUUGAAAGAAGAAAUUGAACGUCUUAAAGAUCAGCAAAGUAGGUCUCUACCUGUGGUUGAGCCUAAAACUCUAGAUAUUAUUAUUGAACUUGAAAGUGAGGUAACACAGUUGAAAGUGAUAAAGAAUAGUCUUGAAGAGGAAAUAGAAGUUCUCAAAAAAACAAUAGAAGAUCAGAAUCAAAAAACAGUGCAACUUCAGCAGUCUUUGCAGGCGCAAAAAAAAGAAAUAGAUGAGUCUAAAUUUCAGCGGGAACAAAUGAAUGUCACACAUGAAAGACUUUCUUUGGAGAAAGAUGAGGAAAUAAAAAAUUUAAGGAAAACAAUUGAACAAAUUAAAACUCAGUUGCACAAAGAGAGGCAGGUUAUUCAGACUGAUUCCUCUGAUCUCUUUCAGGAAACCAAAGUUCAGACACUUAAUGGAGAAAAUGGAAAUGAAAAGCAUGACUUAUCUAAAGUUGAAAUUGAAAGACUGGUAAAAGGUAUCAAAGAGAGGGAGAUGGAGAUUAAGCUUUUAAAUGAAAAGAAUGUUUCUCUAAGUCAACAAAUUGAUCAGUUGUCCAAAGAUGAGGUUGGCAAACUCACCCAAAUCAUUCAAGAGAAGGACUUAGAAAUACAAGCUCUCAACGCUAGAGUUUCCUCAGCUUCCUAUAGGCAGGAUGUUCUUUGUCUUCAGCAGCAGCUCCAGGCUUAUGUCAUGGAAAGAGAACAAGUACUAGCAGUUUUAAGUGAAAAGACAAGAGAAAACAGUCAGCUAAAAACAGAGUACCAUAAGAUCAUGGAUGUAGUAGCUGCUAAAGAAGCAGCCUUAGCAAAGUUACAAGACGAGAAUCAAAAGCUGUCCAAUAGAUUUGAAAAUAGCAGUCAAGACAUGUGUAGGGAAACUAUUCAGAAUUUAUCCCGUAUCAUUCGAGAAAAGGAUAUUGAAAUAGAUGCUUUAAGUCAAAAAUGCCAAACCUUGCUGACUGUCUUGCAGACAUCAGGCACAGGUACUGAAAAUGGGUCGGGAGGUGUUAACAGUAACCAGUUUGAGGAACUUUUGCAAGAACGUGAUAAAUUAAAACAACAAGUAAAGAAAAUGGAGGAGUGGAAGCAGCAGGUGAUGACCACAGUUCAGAACAUGCAGCAUGAGUCGGCUCAUCUCCAAGAAGAACUACAGAAACUUCAAGCACAGAUUUCAGUUGAAAGUGAUAGUAAUUCGAGGUUGCAGUUAGACUAUAAUGGCUUGAUUCAGAGUUAUGAGCAGAAUGAGAAAAAGCUGAAAAGUUUUAGCCAGGAAUUGGCCCAAGUUCAACACAGUAUAGGACAGCUACAUAGCACCAAGGAUCUGCUCCUGGGAAAGCUUGACUUGGUGACACCGGCAGCCACAGUAGCUUCUGCUGCUGCUUCGCAGCCUUUGGGCAUUCAGCACAGUGUUGCUGAAGUGCUCAGUGAUGAAUCUAAACUCCUUCAGAAGGAACUGGAACAGCUGAAAAAGAAGUUGCAAGAGAAAGAUGCCACUAUUAGGACCCUUCAGGAAAACAAUCAACGAUUAUCUGAUUCGGUGGCUACAGCGUCAGAGCUUGAGAGAAAGGGCCAAGAAGAAAAUGAUUCUGAAAUGAGACAGAUCAAGGAAAAACAUGAUGUUUUACAGAAGUCGCUUAGGGAAAAAGACAUACUGAUUAAAUCUAAAAGUGAUCAGUUACUUUCCGUGAGUGAAAAUCUUAGUAACAAAGAAAAUGAAAAUGAGCUUUUGAAACAAGCUGUGACUAAUCUUAAAGAAAGAAAUCUGAUUUUGGAGAUGGAUAUUCGAAAACUGAAAGAAGAAAAUGAAAAAAUAGUUACAAGGUGCAGGGAAAAAGAAACAGAAUUCCGGGCACUUCAGGAGACUAAUAUGCAGUUCUCGAUGAUGCUGAAAGAGAAAGAAUUUGAAUCCCAUUCAAUGAAAGAAAAGGCUCUUGCUUUGGAAAAGGUGUUAAAAGAAAAAGAACAGGGCAAGACAGGGGAGCUGAAUCAACUGUUAAAUGAAGUUAAAUCAAUGCAGGAAAAAGCUGUUAGCUUUCAGCAAGAGAGAGACCAAGUAAUGGUAGCCCUCAAACAGAAGCAGAUGGAGACCAGUGCCCUGCAGAGCGAGAUGCAGCAUUUGCGAGAGAAAGAGCAGCGCCUAAAUCAGGAGCUGGACAGGCUGCGCAAUCACCUCUUGGAGGUAGAAGACUCCUACACACGUGAAGCUUUAGCUGCAGAAGACAGAGAGGCCAAGCUAAGGAAGAAAGUCUUUGUUUUGGAAGAAAAACUGGUAUCCUCAUCCACUGCGGUGGAGAAUGCCAGUCAUCAAGCUAGUAUACAGGUUGAGUCUUUGCAAGAGCAAUUGAACCUGGUCACCAAGCAGAGAGAUGAAACUGUGCUUCAGCUGACCAUCUCCCAGGACCAAGUGAAGCAGUAUGCACUGUCCCUGGCUAACCUGCAGAUGGUACUAGAGCAGUUCCAACAGGAAGAAAAAGCCAUGUAUUCAGCAGAGCUAGAAAAACACCAAAAACAGACUUCAGAAUGGAAAGAAAAAGCUCAGAAGUUGGAAGAAAAAGUUGUAUCACUGCAGGAAAAUUUAGAAGAAGCAAAUGCUGCACUGGAUGCAGCAUCAAGGCUUACUGAGCAGCUGGACUCCAAAGAAGAACAAAUUGAGGAGCUUAAGAAAGAAGGUGAGAUCAGAAGAGAAAUGCUAGAAGAUGUACAAAAUAAACUAAUGAAUCUUAUCAACAGCACAGAAGGAAAAGUGGAUAAGGUCCUGAUGAGAAAUCUCUUUGUUGGACACUUUCAUACUCCAAAAAAGAAGCGUCCUGAAGUAUUAAGGCUAAUGGGAAGUAUCUUGGGAAUAAAAAAAGAAGAACUUGAUCAGUUGCUAUGUGAAGACCAAAGAGGAGUUACCAGAUGGGUGACUAGCUGGCUUGGAGGAGGAGGUGGAUCAAAAAGUGUCCCUACUACACCUUUGAGACCAACUCAGCAGUCCAUUUUCAACAGUUCUUUUUCAGAAUUGUUUGUGAAAUUCCUUGAGACAGAGUCUUGUCCAAGCCUUCCUCCACCAAAGCUCUCUGUUCAAGAUAUGAAACCUUUAGGAACCAGUAAAGCUAGUGGUACUCCACCCAGCAGUCAAAUACACGAUUCUGCUGUCUCCGGAACCAGCAGAAGACCAGAUACAAACCCAUUUUUAGCACCUCGAUCUGCAGCAGUGCCUCUCAUAACACCUGCUGGUAGCUCUGGACAUCUGCUUAUGAAGCCCAUUUCUGAUGCUCUCCCCACUUUUACACCACUGCCAGUGUCCCCAGAUGCCAGUGCUGGUGCUGUACUAAAAGACCUUCUGAAACAGUAGAUGAUCUUGAAGCCAAGAUAAUGACAUUAGCACUUUAAGAAAAAUGAGGACACUAUGUUGUAUAUAAUAUACCACAAAGAGGCCUUUUUGUAAAAAUUUGUGUACUUGUUUGCAAUUUUACUUUGUUUUUCUUUUCAUUAUGAAUUAACCAGCGCUUUGGAAAUUCUAACGAUGGCGUGAGUACCUGCUGGCUGCAUAGCAGGUAUUGAUUACGGUUGUGGGUUAGAUUUUAAAGUGGGGUGAAAAAAAAUCUUGCUUGUUUGUCGAGCUGCAAGACAAACUGAAGGAUUUACAGACCUUAAUCUUACAGCACAUUGUUUCAGUUAUCCAUGGGCAACUUCAACUCUUUGAUGUUGAGGUCUGUUAUUGCAUUGAAGUGAUUAGCUGUUGAAGUGUGGUAGUUCGGAAAAAAAACCAUCAAAAUUGAUCUUUUUUUGAUAUGUUAAAUUCAUGAUACAAGUUCUAAAGAGGCUGUGAGCAUAUGUGAGUAUUGAGGAACGGCAGUUUUCCAAAACAGAGUUUCUUAAUUAACAGCUACUUAUAUUAAGACAUGCCUCUAACUUACAGGAUAGAUCACAUUUUGUAGCAGUUUGAGGCCUGCUAAUCUCUAGAACUUGAUUCUCUCCAGCCCACUCCCCUUCCUCCAGCUUAACAGCUGUUUUCAGCAAUGCAACCCACCAGCACCAGGGAGUUAACUGCUGGAAUGUGUUUCAUUUUCUACCAGCGUCCAUGUGGUGCAGAAUCAUCAGUGGAGAACUUGGCAAAAAUAGGUUCACCUGUAUGCAGAUGGUGUAAUGUAAUGGGUCUAAGUUGUAUAUUUAAGAGACAUUUUAUCUUGUAGGAUUUUGUAGAUUCAGAUAUGGGCUGAAAGCUUGAACAUAUGUAUAGAACUUAAAAGUAAGGACAACAGUUGCUUUCCCCAGAUGUGUAAAUAGGUCUUUGCAAGACCAAGGCCUGAGUCAAUUAUUCUGUAAAUUUUGCUGUGAUAAAUUGUAUACUUUGUGUGGCAGAUAAAGGAUUAAGUUGCAUACUAAAGGAUAAAAUUCAUCUUACAAAAAUAGUGAAUCUGAGAUUAAAUGUCUUCAUUUGAAAAUGUAUCUAAAACUUUUUAUAUGCCAUUCCUUGUUUAGUCAGUGUUAAAAGAUAACUGUUGUGCAAGUUCUAUAUUAGAACUGUCAACUUUUACUUUUCAUUUUAUUAAGAACCUAGAUUAUAUGGUUGUAAGAGUUAUAUUUAAAUAAAAUUCAUCACUGAAUCUUGUACAGAAUCUACUAAAAUAAGAAAAGAAAUCUUUACAUUUAUUUAUGUACAGAUCAUAUAAUGAAGUUUCUUUUGUUGCCUUGAAAUCUAGCCACACUUACUUUAAUUGCUCAGUUUACCUUGAAUCUACUUUUUCCAUAUGUUAAUAUUUCAUGGAAACUUUAUGCAGAUUUGGAAUUUCAUUGGCCUUAUUGAAUCUUGAUAUUUUUUUCUUUCUAUAUUCCAUUAUAGAAAAGAAUGAUUUGGCCUUUUGAUUUCUGAAGAACUAUCAGGCACAUGCGGUAAACCAAAGCAAAUGCUACACUAAAUUGUAAAUGUGGUGAGAACUUAAAAUUACUUCUGCUGAAGCUAUUUCAGUUAGAUAUUCCAGAUACAUGUCUUCAUUUGAACUACUGGACCACAAUGGUACCCUCUUUCAGUAACAGAUAUAAAGAAGACUGAAAUCAGAUGCUGUUUGUGCAGUGUCUUCUUUCCUGAAGUCAGGUCUCUCUAGGAUAUGCAGCUGCUUCAAAAUAAAAUUGCAUUUUGGUGAGCUGAAGCACAAAAAUAUUUAGCUCUCUAAAUUUGUGGCUUAGCUAUUACAAACUACAAAUGGAUUUGUGCUGAUUACCAUCCUCUGAAUAAGCUAACUAACCAGAUCUGUAUAAAGGCUUUAUGCGUUUUUUUUCUUUAAUUACAAUAAUACUUCAUAUAUACA